AUGUCAAGUCGUGCUUUUAAAAGAGCUGCAAAUAAAGAAGAUUCACUUUCUUUAAAACAUGUAAACGAUGAUUCGGAAGAAAUUAUUGAUGAUUCUGAUCAUGAACGUCCGAAAAAGAAUUUAUUUGAUUUAUUAAAUGAAGAAAAUGAAGAGACCGAAAAUGUUGAUCAAAAUUCUGAAAAUGAAAAUAUAAGUGAAAAGACUAAAUCAGGAAAGAAAGUUGAAGAAAUGAAUGACUCAGAAUUGGAAUCUUUAAUUCGUGAAGUUUCUGAAAAGUUCGGUGAUUCUUCACAGGCAAUAAAAGAUGAUUCUACCGUUAAUGUUAGUUCCUCGUCUUCUGUUCCUCCAUCAAAUAUUUCAUUUCUUGUUGUUGACCCCCGCUUAUUAGACGAUGACGGAGAAAUGAGAAGAAUGUUUUCUUCUGGAGUUGUUGAUAGAGAGAUUCGUAAUCGUAAUUAUGCACGAACUGUUAAAAAGACUUUACUUGCAAAACCAAGGCAGAAUUGGCCACCUAUUACAAAGUGUGGUCUUGGAAUGGAACUAUUAGAAGAGAAAGAUGGUGUUUUUUAUUUCACAUUCACUCACUCUAAUCAAUAUCAAACUGUCCAGUUGACUUUUAUGCAGUGUGUCGCUACACAUGAUCCAAAUACUAUUUAUGCUCUUCUACGGGAUAGUCCAUAUCAUAUAGAUUCAUUAUUACAAAUGAGUGACAUUUACAAGAUGUCUGGUGACCUGGUUAUGGCACAAGAAUUCUUAGAACGUGCUUUGUACUCAUUUGAAAGAAACUUUCAUAUAAAGUUUAAUAUUACAAGAGGAAUUUCUCGAAUGA